GUCCCGCGUGACGGCGUUAGCAGUGACUCCCCGCGAGCAAGUCACCCCGCAGGCCUGCGAGUCCUUCCAUGGCUCCUUGGUCCGCCAGCAAGUCCGCUUCUGCAAGGACAACCCGGACUUCAUGGACUCCGUCAAGCGCGGCGCCAUCUGGGCCAUCGACGAGUGCCAGUUCCAGUUCCGGACGCGGCGGUGGAACUGCUCCACGCUCAACGACGAGACGAUCAAAGAGUACAAGAAGAGGAUGAAGCCCAAGAACACGCCAGAGACGGUGAUGGUGAGCAACAAGACGGAGCGCGCGGUUCCGGUGACCAGCCCGCCCGAGGCCCUGCAGUCCGUCAUGCCCAACUCGGCGUCGGCGAGAGACUCCUCCCCCCUCCCGAGGACCUCCGCCAGGCGACGCAGAGGCAAGAAGCGCAAAAAAUCCAAAGGCAAGCGCAAGACCGGGGUCGUCGGCCUGUACCCCAUUGUACCCCAAGGUACCCGCGAGGCGGCCUUCGUCCACGCCAUCUCGUCCGCGGGGGUCGCGCACGCCAUCACCCGCCGCUGCUCCUCCGGGGAGCUCGACGUGUGCGGUUGCGACCGGUCCGUGCGAGGCGUCACCCCGCACGGCUUCCAGUGGUCCGGCUGCUCCGACAACAUCGCCUACGGCGUCUCGCUCUCCAAGAGGUUCGUGGACGCGCGCGACCGGAAGUUGGUGCAGCGGAACAAGGCCCGGGGCAAGAAAGUGAGCAGUCGAGCCCUCAUGAAUCUGCAUAACAAUGAGGCUGGCCGUAAGCUGAUCGAGGAGAACAUGCGCGUCGAGUGCAAGUGCCACGGUGUGUCCGGGUCGUGCGAGUUGAAGACGUGCUGGAAAGCCAUGCCAACGUUCCGCGAGAUCGGAGAAAUCCUGAAGGAGAAGUUCGACGGCGCGACGGAGGUACGCCUGAAGGAGGUGACCGGGAGGGCCGAGCUGGAGCCCAACAAGCAGUACUUCAAGAAGCCCACGGAGAUGGACCUGGUGUACGUGUCCUCGUCGCCGGAGUACUGUGACUAUGACCUCAACAGCGGCUCGCUCGGCACACACGGCCGCAAGUGCAACAAGACGUCGCGAGGCCUGGACGGGUGUGACCUGCUGUGCUGCAACAGAGGCUACGUCGCAUCACAGGAGCGGGUGAAGGAGCGCUGUUCUUGCAAGUUCCACUGGUGCUGCUAUGUCAAGUGCAGAACCUGUAUACGUGAUGUGACAGUCCACACCUGCAACUAGCGAUGAGAGACUGCCAGUAUUUAUGAGGUUUCACAUGUUAAGGAAGGAUUGGAUUCGUGUCACUCUUACCUGAACAUAGCAUAAGUUCUUGUAUUUAUGGGGAUAUUUGAUGGUUUAACAUAAUGAAGUGAUUCGUGUCAAUUGUAAUUAGGACUCAAUUUUGUUUUGAAUGGAAUGGAAUUCAGAUGCGAGUCAGUUUCCAAAGUGAACAGAUAAAUUACAAAAAAAAAGUAUAAUACAAAAGUUGGACUUUAAAUGUUGUUAACAAAGUUGCUUAUUUUUUUCACUUGCGGAAGUUUCGGUAGGAAUUCUCUGUGUUGGUACGUGAAGAUCUUGUAAACGUUUCAGAAAUCAUAUUACUAUUUUAACUCUGAGCCAUUUAAGCCAUUUUGAUUCAUUACCCAUAUUGUAAAUAAAACCUAUAGUAUUAGAGAUGUAGUAUAGUUUAUAAACCCUUUAGUAUGAAAAAUGUGUAGACGGUGUAGGAUCAUUGAAAGAUCAAAUUUUGUACAGAUGUCUUCUGCUGAUUUUUAAUCUAACUGAGUCUGGUUAUGAUUAUUUUAUAAGAGUAACGGUCUGCUAUGAAACGAUAGUAUAUAGUGAGUAGUCCCUUCAGCUCCUCGUGUCUGUCUGUUUGUCUAUCUGUGUGUGUGUCUCGUCGGUUCUUUUGAUUGGCCAAAAUGCCUCCAGAGAUUCUUAUAAUUAUCGCUAACCUGAUGUAUAUAGCUCCUAUAUAGCAGUUAAGUUAAACUACUCCAUUCUGAGGACGUUUCAGCGAGAUCUAAGAUGCCCAGUUGCUCCUCGGCGACAAAAAAGGAGAAAGCUGAACGACUUUUCUAUUCGUGUCUUUUUCCUCGCGUUUUCUUCUCCUUCUUUCUUCAUCUUUUACAAACGAAUAAUUAUUUUGGUCUACAGAUAUGACCUUCGAGUUGGCAACGUGCAAAAUAAACGAAAACAAUAACAAUCUGUUCACUUUCUCUACAAUCUUUCCGGGUCCAUCUUGGGUGUCGUUGAUGCCCCGUGUCGGCUACGUGGUAGUAGGUGACCCGAAAAAUAUUUUGAUGUUUACAUAAACAAGAAUGUGUUGUUUGAGGACCAGACAAGUCGCGGAAAUGAGAAGGCGAGUUGGAGAGGUUUUGCAUAAUAAAUCCUCGCAGAGUCGUUGAGUGAGAAAUCUUGUGCAGCGGCCGAGAAGAUGAGGGAACUGGCCUUUCUUGAGAGAGGACUUCAAGAUCUGUUUGCAGAAGUUGUAGAACGCGGAAGACUGCAGUGGCUGGGAAAAUGCUUAUUCAUAACACCGAAUGUUGUCGAUGUUUAGUUUUCCACAUAUUAUCUAUAUAUACUAUCUUGAAAUUUUAAAAUAAAAUCUGAAAAGAUUACAAGCCUACGGGAAAAUUUUUAAAUGAAAAUGCAAUACAAUAACACUGAUCCCACGACUGAAUCAACCGACUUCAUACAGUUGAAAUUCCGCAAUACAAUGGUAAAUAGACCCUAAAAUCUUCUCGGGACGUCCCGUAUCUGUGGAAGUGGGGCUGUACCUGUUAGAUGCUUUUACCUUGAGUGACGGGUGGAAUGGCGUCGAAACCUCAAGCCGAGGAUUCCGAAAACGUCAUUCACAUCCAAGAUAAGGUUGUACCGUACGUGUCAGUGGUUCCAUAAACAUAUAUUAUUGAUUUGUAUAAGUACAACAAUAGGAUGUGUGUUUUAAUGUACCAAAUGAAAUAAAAUCCAAGAUUCACAUGUUUCACUUGGAAGCAUUGACACAUAUCUCUAUUCUUUAAAUUCAUUACGUAUCUCAUUUGUCAUCACUGAAGGCCUAUGUAUGCAACAUGCAACCAUCGUCAGACAUAAACUGUAAAAUAGAUUAAAAUUCCUGUAUAA